GUGAGAGAGCAGAAGCAGCUGGCUGCUCGACCCAACUACAUCACUCAACUACAUCCCCUCUCACGCUUUCUACAUGAGCAGUUUCAGGAGCAUUUCACUUCACUGCUUUCACAACCACAUGAAUGCUAAACGAUGCGUGCCAGCCUGGAUUAUACUGAGCAUGGUGCAGCUGGCCUGCUGGGGUGAACCUCUGGAUAAACAAGACCCACAAGUGAUAGACAUGUUGGCCCUGCAGGAUGUGAAGCAGAACGUGGCUGCUGUCGAGAAGAUGUCUGGAGCUCUCAAGACUUUCAGCGAUCUUUACAUCGUUUCCACCUUCCGCUUGCCUCCCAAACUGGGUGGAGUACUCCUGGGCUUCUACAAUAAGCAGGACAAUAAGAAGUACCUGGAGCUCGCCAUCAUGGGCAAGAUCAACAAAGCUCUGGUGCGGUACAUUCGUGAGGAUGGGAAGCUGCACACAGUGAACCUGCAGAGCGCUAACCUUGCGGAUGGCCGAGCUCAGUCCAUAAUCCUACGCGUGGGUGGCCUACGCAGAGACAGUCUCAGCCUGGAGCUCUACGUCAACUGCCGUCUGGCUGACUCCGCCCAGCGCCUGCCCCCACUGGUCCCCCUGCCUGCAGAGGCGGAGCUAGUGGAGAUUCGGAACGGCUACAAGGCAUACGCUCGGCUUCAGGGGUCGGUGGAGUCCCUCAAACUGGCUCUAGGGGGCAGUGUAGCUAAAGCAGGAGCUCUGACUGGCUGCCCUUUUCAGGGUGACUCCUCAGCCUACAAUAUAGUGAACGGGGAGGCAAACUCUAUUCUAGGCGAUCACACCAAAGCUCUGAUUGGACAGCUCCUCAUCUUCAACCAGAUCCUGGGUGAGCUUCGAGAGGACAUCAGAGAACAGGUGAAGGAGAUGUCUCUCAUUAGGAACACCAUAUUGGAGUGCCAAGUGUGUGGGUUUCAUGAGCCUCGGUCCCGUUGCCAGCCCAAUCCCUGCUUUAAGGGUGUGGCCUGCAUGGAGACGUUUGAGUUCCCAGGAUAUCGCUGCGGGCCGUGUCCUGAGGGAAUGACCGGCAACGGUACCCACUGCCAUGACAUUGACGAGUGCAUGUUGGCUCAACCCUGCUACUCUCCCAGUGCAUGUGUAAACACAGUGAAGGGCUUCAGCUGUGAGCCCUGUCCACAAGGACUCUGGGGUCCACCUCUCUCAGGGGUUGGCCUGGAGUAUGCCAAGAACCACAAACAGGAAUGCUUAGAUAUAGACGAAUGCGUUGAAGUUGCCAAUGCCUGCACAGCCAAUUCUGUCUGCAUAAACACCAUUGGUUCAUUUAGGUGUGGUCAGUGUAAAGUUGGGUAUGUAGGUAAUCAGACUGCUGGCUGUUUUCCUCGGAAGUCCUGUGCCACACUCAGCUUCAACCCCUGUGAUUCUAACGCCCACUGCAUCAUUGAGAGGAAUGGGGAGGUGUCCUGUGCGUGUAAUGUGGGCUGGGCUGGUAAUGGGAACACAUGUGGUAAAGACACGGACAUUGAUGGCUACCCUGACCGUUCCCUUCCCUGCAUGGACAAUGACAAGCACUGCAAACAGGAUAAUUGUAUUUACACACCUAACUCAGGUCAGGAGGAUGCAGAUAAUGAUGGUAUAGGUGAUCAGUGUGAUGAGGAUGCUGAUGGAGAUGGCAUUAAGAAUGUAGAGGAUAACUGUCGGCUGGUGUCUAAUAAAGACCAGCAGAACUCGGACACUGACUCUUUUGGGGAUGCGUGUGAUAACUGUCCCAACGUGCCCAACAUUGACCAGAAAGACACCGACAACAAUGGAGAGGGUGACGCCUGCGACAACGACAUCGAUGGAGAUGGGGUUCAGAAUGUGUUGGAUAACUGCCCCAAAGUGCCAAACCCCAUGCAGACAGACCGGGAUGGGGAUGGAGUGGGAGAUGCCUGUGACAGCUGCCCUGAGAUCAGCAACCCCAUGCAGACUGACAUAGACAACGAUCUUGUGGGAGAUGUGUGUGAUACCAAUCAAGACACUGAUGGGGAUGGCCACCAGGACACUCGAGACAACUGCCCCGAUAUUCCCAACAGUUCUCAGCUCGACUCAGACAAUGACGGUAUUGGAGAUGACUGUGAUGAUGACGAUGACAAUGAUGGAAUCCCUGAUGCUGACAGUUUAGGAGGUCUUGGCCCUGAUAACUGCCGGCUUAUUCCUAAUCCAAACCAGAAAGACUCAAACGGCAACGGUGUUGGAGAUGUGUGUGAGAAUGACUUUGACAAUGAUGCAGUGAUGGAUUUGAUCGACGUGUGUCCAGAGAGUGCUGAGGUCACACUGACAGACUUCAGGGCCUAUCAGACUGUCAUACUGGACCCUGAGGGUGAUGCCCAGAUUGAUCCCAACUGGGUGGUGCUUAACCAGGGUAUGGAGAUUGUUCAGACAAUGAACAGUGACCCUGGACUGGCAGUUGGCUACACAGCAUUUAAUGGAGUGGACUUUGAGGGCACUUUCCACAUAAACACCGUCACUGAUGAUGACUACGCUGGCUUUAUUUUCGGCUACCAGGACUCUUCCAGCUUCUAUGUGGUGAUGUGGAAACAGACGGAGCAAACCUACUGGCAGUCCAUACCAUUUCGAGCCUUGGCCGAGCCUGGCCUACAGCUUAAGGCAGUGAAGUCCCGUACAGGGCCUGGUGAGUUUCUCCGUAAUGCUCUGUGGCAUACAGGAGACACAGAGGGUGAGGUGAAGCUGUUGUGGAAGGACCCACGUAACGUCGGCUGGAAAGACAAAACUUCCUACCGCUGGCAGCUCAGUCACCGGCCACAAGUCGGCUACAUCAGAGUAAAGCUCUAUGAGGGAACAGAGAUGGUGGCAGACUCUGAUGUGGUGAUUGACACAUCCAUGAGAGGAGGACGACUUGGAGUCUUCUGCUUCUCUCAAGAAAACAUCAUCUGGUCCAACCUACGCUACCGUUGCAAUGAUACGGUGCCUGAUGACUUCCAGCCACAUCAUAAACAAGUUCUAAUGCACAUUCAAGUGUGAGGAAUGAAAGACUCAUAGAUGGCCACCCUGACCUGCACUGCCUUUUCACAUGGAUACACACACUCUCACACAGUCUCCACACUUCGCUCCAAGUCUCCCGACCGGCCGCUGUGCAUGAGUGAGACUGCUGAGCUCUUGUGUGAAAGGAAACACAAGAUCAAAGGAGAGAAAGAAUGACACCACAUCCCUCUGACUCUGAAGAGGCAAAGCGAAAGCACAGAAAGCACAAACUGACCUUUUUUUUACUAUAAGAAUGAGCGUGCUGUAACAGGGAGGAGCCGCAGGCCAUGUAUAAAGGUGUGUGCAAGUGAGCGUGAGUGUGUAUGUAUGUAUGUGCGUUUGGUGAUGUGCGAGUAGCGAGAAAAAGGAAGGACGAGUAAAGAUGUGUUAUAUGAUGAUCUUCACUAUGAUACCUAAGGUUGACAGGAUGACUGUUCCUUGUAGGACAGAAUCAAUGGGCAGUUUGCUGCCCUGUCUUUGUUGUCCCACAUUUGUAAAUAUCAUAAGCUAUAAUGUGUUUAAGAUACCGAUUUGCCAAAUAACACUCUUUUUCUGAUGA